AUGUGGGUUACUGCUGGGGCUCGCGCCCUUGAGUCUCAACUCCCUCAGCCCGACGUCACCGUCAACUCGGUGGACUCUCUAUGGAUCAACCUCGCGCUUCCAGCUCACUCCUGCGAUAAGUAUCCAGCCAAACAACAUGCGCGUAAUGUCGCUCGAAAGCUCGGUGCUACUCAUGGGUUGAUAUUCAUUGCUGGCCAGCCCACAGCAAACUGGCGCGAUUCCGACCAGGAGAAACCUUUUCGCCAGCGCCGAUACUUUUACUAUCUGAGCGGCGUGAAUGAGCCGGACUGCUCGCUGACUUACGAUGUCGCGCUGGAUCAGCUGACGCUGUACAUCCCCGAUUUCGAUCUCCAUCGCGCCAUCUGGAUGGGUCCCACCCUUUCUCGGGAGGAUGCACAAAACCAGUAUGAUGUUGAUCGCCUGGUUAGGGGACGAGUCAAGAAUAGUGUGUUGUACCUGGUACAUGCAUCUGAGAUUCCCGCUGGCUUACCUACCGAACUUCCUCUGGACAGUGCCCAGCUGUUGCCCGCUAUUAAUGCUGCCCGAGCGAUUAAGGAUGACUACGAAAUCCGCAUGAUUCGGCAUGCAAAUGAAAUUUCUGGCCUCGCACAUCGUAAGGUCUUAGAAGGGAUCCGCAAAAUGGCCAAUGAGUCUGAAAUUGAAGGGCUCUUCCUCAAUGUCUGCACCUCCAACGGCGCGAGAAACCAAGCUUACCAAAUAAUUGCUGCCUCUGGGCCCAACGCCGCAGUUCUACAUUACAGUCGGAACGAUGAUUCUCUCCUAGGGAAACCUUUGGUCUGUUUAGAUGCUGGUGCUGAAUGGCAUUGCUAUGCUAGCGAUGUGACUCGUACGUUCCCACCUUCGGGCUAUUGGCCCAGCAACGAAGCAGUAGAUAUUUACGAGAUCGUCGAGCGCAUGCAAGAAGAAUGCAUCAAAAGGAUCCGACGUGGUACUCGCUUCCGCGCUGUCCACGAACUUGCUAAUGACAUUGCCAUCGAGGGUCUCAUGAGCCUCGGUGUUCUGAGAGGCGGCUCCCACCACGAGAUCAAUCGUUCGGGGGCGUCCAAGGUCUUCUUUCCACAUGGACUAGGCCAUCACGUCGGUCUGGAGGUACACGAUGUCUCCGGGUCGCCCAUUAUGGCCUACGACGCUGGACGUGUUCCUCUUCCUAAUAGCGAAGCUUUAACCGCCAGGAGAAGCUUUGUACCUCUACCUGAAUCCGACUCUCUUCUUGAAGAAGGUAUGGUCGUCACUGUGGAGCCAGGUCUCUACUUCUCACCACUUGCUCUGGCCAAUGCUCGCAAACAACCCUACGCCAAGUACAUCGAUUUCGAGGCCGCUGAAAGAUAUGUCCCGAUCGGUGGAGUACGUAUCGAAGACGACAUUCUUGUCACUGCUAAUGGGAAUGAGAACCUGACUACCGCACCCAAAGGAGACGAGGCCCUUGCCAUUAUUCGUGGUCACGCCUGA